CAAGGGGCAUCUGACCCCCACUGUGUGUUUCAGGGUGAAGGGUCCUGGUGGGUGUUUGGGGGCUGGGGUGAGGAGAUGUUGUGUGGCCCCUGAGAUGGUCACAGCCUGAGAUCCGCUGGUUCCCAGCCCACCCCCCACUGUCCCCAUCUCUCUCUGAGGAGCCCCUGUGCCAGGUCGUUCAGGGUUCAGCUCCUGCCACUUAAGAAGCCAAACAGGGAGAAAAUGUCGAAACAGGCAAAAAUCAAACCUGCCCCAGUGGCUGAUGGGGGAGCCAGGCCAGGGGCAGCCCCGGAGGGGGAAGCUGGGCUGGAGGCUCCCAAGAAAGGGGAGGCCAGCCAAGAACCCUCAAAGAGUGGAGAACCCAGGCAGGAGGCCCCCAAGAAGGAAGAAGCCAGGGAGGAGGCCCCCAAGAAGGUAGAGGUCAGCCCAGAGUCCCCCAAGAAGGGAGAAGCCAGGCAGGAGAUGCCCCAGGAGGGAGGAGCCAGCCAAGAGGCCCCCAAGAAGCCAGUCUUCCCCUUUGGCAAAGUUCCUUUUGGGCCUCAGCACUGGCGGCUGGUGACGUUGAUUCUGGGGGUCUGUAGCGUGGUCUUGCUCAUCGUACUGCUGGGCUUGAUUGGCAAGUGUGAGUAUCUGCUGAAUAGCCUGAUUUAA